AUGGAGAAUGAUUGCUGCAAGUUCGUGCAGAAAUGUCAUAAAUGUCAAGUGCACAGUAAUUUUAUCCCAGUUUCACCUCACGAACUUAAUGCUAUGAGUUCACCUUGGCCAUUUGUAGCUUGGGGCAUGAAAAUCAUUGGUCCAAUAAAACCAGCCGUUUCUAACAGACACAGAUUUAUUUUGGUUGCCAUUGACUACUUCACCAAGUGGGUGGAAGCAGCGUCGUACAAGUUAGUGACCAAAAAAGUUGUAGCUGAUUUUGUUCGAAAUAAUCUAAUACGCCGGUUUGCAGUAUCGGAAUCCAUCAUUACUGAUAAUGAGGUUGCCAAUCAGAACAUCAAGAAGAUUCUGAGAAAAAUGAUUAACAAUCACCAAGGUUGGCAUGAGAUGUUGCCAUAUGCUUUGUUGGGUUAUCGUAUGACUGUCAGAACGUCGAUUGGAUCUACACCAUACUUGUUAGUAUAUGGAACUGAAGCGGUCAUACCUGUUGAAGUUGAGAUACCUUCUUUAAGAAUUAUCCAAGACGCUGAGUUGAGUAAUGUUGAAUGGGUCAGCAAGCGGAUUGAUCAGUUAACCUUGAUUGAUGAGAAGAGAAUGGUUUCUGUUUAUCAGUAUAAACUAUAUCGACAAUGA